AGAUGACUAACCACUGCUACUUUUCUGUGUGGUUGCCGAGAAACCUUGAGUAACCAGGAAUUGCCCAGCUUAAAGAGUCCCAAUUUUCAUUUUUUUUCCUUGUAUUUUCUCAGCAACCAAACAGAUUCCAAUUGUUCACUGAAAUUUUCAUUUCUUAUUUUGGAUUGAUCAGAGGCUAUUGGAUCCAUCAGACUUGGAAAUGGCGAGCACUGUGAGCCCCGAAGGAGAUCCGAUCCCCACAUCGGCGGUAUUGAUGGCGGUGUCGAAGCACAUAGCGACGAAAUGCAGAAACGAAAACUUGGCGUUCCUCAAAUGCAAGAAAGACGAUCCUAACCCUGAGAAAUGCCUCGACAAAGGCCGCCAAGUCACUAGCUGCGUUCUUAGCUUGCUGAAAGAUCUGCACCAGAGGUGCACAAAAGAGAUGGAUGCUUACGCCGGUUGUAUGUACUAUUAUACAAAUGAGUUUGACUUGUGUCGCAAAGAGCAAGCAGAGUUUGAGAAAGCAUGCCCUUUGGAGUGAUUGGCAAAUGAUACCAGAAAUCUCAUGCCCUUAAUAAUUUACGCCAGUAUGCAAUGAGCAGUUUCUACUGUUGCGUGCAUGUCAAAUUGUAGCGUCUCCUGGUUUUCGAAUGCCAUCUUCGGUAUGGUAGAAAUUGUUGUUGAGAGAUGCUUUUUAGCGGCAAGACAAUGCUACCUCUGUUCGUAUCAGAAUUAUUGAUAAAUUCUGCUUCCAUGUUGGUGCAUUUGUUUGGUA